ACAUACCGUAUAUACAUAUUAGAAAAUCACAAUCAUGCUAAAAGUUUGUUGAAAUCGUUAUGGAUUUAUCAACAACGUGUGUUUCAUUGAAAACACAAAAAUUCAUACAAUUGUAUAUUAUAAAAUAAGUUGUAAUUGCAUUAACAAUUGUAGAAACCAGUGGUGUAUCGACUAUCGACAUCGUAGAGUUCCAUCGUCAACCAAACCAGGCCAGACCAAACACGCUGGUGAACAGUGGAAGAAUCGAAGAUGGCAAGGGAACCGGAUGAAGGAUUAAGGAAAGCGUUCUCUCAGCUUCAAGAGAAAAUGAUCGACACCACGCAGAAGUUAAAAUUAGCGGAUAUGCAGAUAGAAAAAUUAAAACGAUCGAAACUAUUUGCCGAUCUCACGCUCAAAGAAAUAACCUCUUAUCCAGAAAAUACCAAGAUGUACGAAUCCGUGGGUAGAAUGUUUCUUCUAGAUGAUGUGGAGAACAUUAAAGCGGGUCUGGAUAAACAAAUGAAGACAGCAGAUGAGAAAAUGGAGACCUUGGUGAACAACAAAAUCUAUUUGCAGCUAAACUUUAAAGAAUGUGAAAACAAUAUUAGAGAAAUGAUCCAUCAGAAACAGAACAAAGAUACGUCCGGAUAAUAAUCGGUUUCAGAGUGAAACUCUGUUCUAUCGUUAUUUAUUUCGAAGACACCUCACGAUAUGUCUGUGCUUUCUUUCAUCACCUCGCUAAUUGUAAUUUCAUCGUUGGUUUUAUAUAAUUUGAAAUAUAAGAAAUAAAAUAACCCUCUAUCGAAA